AUGGUAGACAAGUGCUUAUGGGAUUGCAUUCGUUUCGAUGCUGUCCAACGUUUUUUAGUCAAUAAAGACCUUACAGGUGGAUUGAUGCUUGUCACGUAUGAACCAGAUAUGGAUUUCUUCAAGGCAAUCUAUUUCAAUUUUGUGACGUUAACUUCAAUUGGAUUGGGUGAUAUUGUGCCAAGAAGUGAGAGCUAUAUGCUGCUGACAAUGAUUUAUAUCGCUAUCGGUCUCGCUCUCACCACAGUCGCCAUCGAAAUCGCCGCUGAUACUCUGAAAAAGUUGCAUUACUUCGGACGGAAGAUUGAAAACGUCGGUAAUGUGGCGAUCUGGUUCGGCGGAAAGAAGAUCACAGUGAAGGCGCUCGUAAAAAAUCUUGGUGAUCAAUUCAAUCUGCCGACUACCGUUAUGAAGGACCUCGACCUCGAUCACUUUGUCGACCAAGCAAUAAAAGUCGAAGAGGGCGAAAUAGAAACAUUACGAGUGAGUUUCAAUGGAGCUCCUCCAUUCGUACCCGAUUCGGCAAGUUUCCAAGAGAUCGCGUUCGUAGACGAGCCGAAAGAAGAAGAAGUGAGUGAGUGGCCACCAGUACCUCUAUCAGAACAAAGUGCACGGGAAACAACACCACCUCGAUCUCCAACACCAGCACCACAAGAACUUACACCUCUGCCGUGUGAAUCCAUUCCAAUAGCUGAGCCAGAACGGGAACUUUCAGUGGAAAUCGAACCACAGCCUAAUCCGGAAUCACAGUCAAUGAUUGAAACCGAACCAGAGCCAAAGUCUGAACAUUCACAGGAACAGACUUCGUCAGUAAAAGGUGAGUUAUGGCCUAAGUAG